GCACUAUUCCUAACUACUUGAUCUGGUGUAAGUCUGUCUCUAUUAGGAUUUAAAUGGUCGUGAUCGGUCAGCGUUUCCAAGUAAUCGGAAAUUGACUAGGCAUGGCUCCCCCGGCGAAGAUGCAAGAGAUCCACCAAUUCCUCUCAUCCGCACUUACCCAGCGUGGCCCCUCCGCUCUCCCAUACGCCGAGGCCACCAAGUCGUUCAUCCGACAACAUCUCCUUAAUUUGGUCUCUUCCUACACUUCCCUCGACCCCAAAACGGCGACGUUUACACACAACGAUGGCCGAUCCGUGACCCUCCUCCAAGCCGACGGCACAAUCCCGAUGCCUUUCCAAGGCGUAAGCUACAACAUCCCAGUCGUGAUCUGGCUACUCGAAUCUUACCCUCACUCUCCUCCUUGCGUCUAUGUCAACCCUUCGCGUGAUAUGAUCAUCAAACGACCUCACUCCAAUGUCUCUCCUUCUGGUCUCGUCGCUCUUCCUUGUCUCCAUAAUUGGGUUUACCCUAGCUCCAAUCUCGUUGAUCUCGCUGCUCAUCUCAGUGCCGCCUUCUCCCGUGAUCCCCCGCUUUACUCUCAGCGCCGUCCUCCUCCGCAACCGCAACCUUCUCAUUCGGCCGGAUCUGGAUACUCACGGCCUUUUACUCCUCAUCAGACGGAUUAUGCGGCGGAUGUUUAUAAGAAGAAUGCGAUUGACAAGUUGGUGGAGAUGGUUCAUUGUGAUCUUGUAUUGGUGAGGAGUGCUAGAGAAGUGGAAACUGAAGGGUUACUGAGUUUACAAUCCGGACUUCAGAGAAGAGAAGAGGAGAUCAACAAUGGUUUGAAGGAUAUGUUGAAUGAGAAAGAAACCUUGGAGCAGCAAUUACAGGUUAUUGCUAUGAAUACUGACUUUACUGAUUCUUGGAUUAGGGAGAAUCAAGGGAAAGCUGACAACUUGCUAGUAGAUUUCGAUGUGGAUGAUGCAUUUGAAUGCACUGAGACACUGUCCAAACAGAUGUUAGAGUGCACUGCAUUGGAUUUAGCCAUUGAAGAUGUUGUUUAUUCGAUGGACAGAUCGUUUCGAGAUGGUGUGUUACCCUUUGAUCAGUAUUUGAGGAAUGUGAGAUUGUUGUCGAGGGAGCAGUUCUUUCACCGAGCCACGGCUGAGAAAGUUAGGGCCACACAGAUGGAUGCUCAGGUUGCUUCGAUUGCAGCUAGGUUGCACUCCUGAAGUGAACACUGGAAAGAUCUUUCAUAUGUAGCUACAAUUUUUUUUGCUGAUUGUUAGUUACAGUAUAUUCGAUUCUUAUUGAGUUAUAGUCUACAUACUGAUAGGCAUAUACACCAGUGCAUAUACGAAUUUGAACUGAUAAUGUUCUGGCUUACCUUCUCUUUGUCAUUACUUUUAUGAUAUCUGUUGAAAUACAUUUGGUUUGGAACUAUGUUUCUCCAUCUGCAAUUCCAAACCUUCAAAGUUCAAACCCCCGUAACCAAUCUAACUAUUCCUGCACGGUUUUGCAAAAGUUCCAAUCACUGAAAGCUUUGACUAAUGCCACAAAAAGGAAACACUGGCAUUUCUCUUAACAUGACGAAUAACUCAAAAAUCCACUCACUCUUUAAAAUCCACUCAAACACUAAAAUAUGAAAAUGAGUCCAAACUUCUGGUGUAUAAUGAUACAACAUGCUAAAUCACUUUGAAAGAAAGGGAAAAAAAA